AUGGCUGUACCCGGUUGUUCUUGGGUGAAGGUAGGUCACAAGCUUCCUGAAGGUGGCGCUGUUGGCUCACCCUACCGCUUGUUCCCCCAGGUAACUACCGUCGUGCAGCUGAAUGUCGGCGGCCAGUUCUACACCACCACCGUGGGCACCCUGAGAAAAUUCUCCGGUUCAAAGCUGGCAGAGAUGUUCUCCAGCCCAGUCGAGGCCUGCACGGAUGGGGAGGGCCGUUUCUUCAUCGAUCGCUCGGGUACUUACUUCGGCCCCAUCCUGGACUACCUGCGCACCGGACAAGUGCCCUCACAAAACCUCACUGAGGUGUACCGUGAGGCUCAGUACUAUGAGAUCCAGCCUUUGGUCAAGCUCCUGGAGGACACGCCGCAGAUCUUCGGUGAGCAGGUGGCUCGGAAGCAGUUCUUGCUGCGAGUGCCGAACUACAGUGAGAACCUGGAGGUCCUACUCCGCCUGGCGCGGGCAGAGGCGGUGGGGAUGCGCUGGUCGGAGGUGGUAGUGUGCGUGAUGCACACAGACGAGCAGGCUGCGCAGUGUGCGGAGCCCCUGUAUAACCUGGAGGCCAAGAAGGUGCCAUUUGUCAAGUUUGGACCCUGGAAUGUAGGUCCAUCAAUUGAGGACUUACUGCACUGCGUGAAUAAGGACAUUAAGGCCAAGGGGUACCAGGUACAACUUCAGAAAUACUUUCUAGAGAAGGCAUGCUGGGCCAAGCUCCAAGGUUGCUUCCACAAGUUCACCUUCAACUGGUGGUGA